AUGCGGCGUCAAGUCCGCAUUUUAGAUCGUCUCGCUGCGUCGUCCAUCCAUUGCCAAAGUACGCAAACCGGGAUUGCCGCUAGUUGGUGUAGGUGUACUCCAGUCCUCCCAUCGGGGAUCCCGGACGCAGAUAGCCGAGAUGCGCCGCGCUACCGGGGAACAACCCGUGGAUGCGUCCCCUCGACGACUCCGUUGUACCAUGACCGGCAGUUCUUCUGGCCCGGCAAGUUAUCGUUCCCGUCCACACGGUCCGGGGUAGAAUCGAUCGCAGUACCUGAUAAAGUCAUCAGCGGCCUGUUUGGAGGGCGCCAACGACUGAUGCCUUGGCUGCGAAUCUUGGUGCAAUAUCUUGGUAAUAUACGCGACCUGGUUCCCGAGACUAUUGGGCACGCUGCCACCGGCCGGUGGAAUGUGGUCCUCCGGAUCCAUAGCAGAUUAGGGGAAUCCCGCGGCCACCCCAAGAUAGUUGUAGGGGAAUCCCCAAAAGGCCAUCGUGUUUCCAGGCUGUCUUUGAGGUCGAUGCUGCCGGGCAAUGAUGGAAAAAGGGCGGCGCAUGGUCAACAUUGGCCCCUCGGCGCAGAGAUGACCACGUCAACAGGCCGCUCCUGGCCAUCGACCGUCACAAUUCCUGUGGACGUGAACCGCUGGAUAGGCGUCUGA